AUGGAAAGUUUGGAACAUGCAAUGAAAAGAAAUGCACCAAUAAUUGCUGAGUACCUUGGAGGCGCGGUAAAUUGUGAUGCUUAUCAUAUGACUGACCCAAGUGUUGACGGACUUGGUGUUUCUUCAUGCAUUCAGAGUGCUCUUGAUGAUGCUGGUGUCUCACCAGCGGAGGUUAACUAUAUAAAUGCACAUGCUACUUCUUCUAUAGUUGGUGACCUGGCUGAGGUGAAUGGCAUUAAAAAGUCUAUGAUAGGGCAUUCCCUUGGUGCUGCUGGGGGCCUGGAAGCUAUUGCUACAGUGAAAGCCAUUGCCACAGGGUGGCUUCAUCCUACUAUAAAUCAAUUUAAUCCAGAGCCUUCGGUUGAGAUUGACAUUGUUGCAAACAAAAAGAAGCAACAUGAAGUGAAUGUUGGUAAGAAACUUUGCAUUUGCACUCCCCUUUCCUGCCCUUCCUCUCCCCCAAAACUCGGGCCAUCUUAA